AUAGCGUAACCUCGGUGAACUCCACCCACUUCCAUUCCCACUCCAGUGGAGUCACAGAUCCUCAGCGUCAGAUCAAGCCCACAUGUAUAUAAACGAGACACAGUCUUCACUCCAGUCACAGCAGAUGACAAGAUCUGCCGGCAGCUCCAUCUCCAAUACUCUGAUGCAACCGGGUGAGCAAAUAUUCCUGAGAUCCUGAUGGGUUGUCUUAACUUCACCACUGGAAAUGGGACUUUGCCUGACAGCCAACCUUACACUCUGCAGACGUCCGUGCCUCUAACGAUCCUGGUGGGCUUCCUCAUCCUGCUCACAGUUUUUGGCAACGUCAUGGUGGUGAUUGCCGUGACGACCAGCCGAGCCCUGAGAGCACCUCAGAACUUGUUUCUAGUCUCUCUGGCGUGUGCAGACAUCCUGGUGGCCACGUCGGUGAUGCCGUUCUCUUUGGCCAACGAGCUGAUGGGUUACUGGUACUUUGGUAAAGUGUGGUGUGAAAUCCACCUGGCUCUGGAUGUGCUCUUCUGCACCUCCUCCAUCGUUCACCUGUGCACCAUCAGCCUGGACCGAUACUGGUCCGUAACUCAAGCCAUCGAGCACAACCUGAGGCGGACGCCUCGUAGGAUUAAAUGCGCAAUCUUCAUUGUUUGGGUGCUGGCGUCCAUCAUUUCAUUCCCUCCACUUAUCACAAUGAAAAAGGACGAGGGCAAAGAGGACAAACCCGCAUGUCAAAUAAAUGAGCAGAAAUGGUACAUCAUAUUCUCCAGCACGGCCUCCUUCUUCGCACCCUGCCUUAUCAUGAUUAUGGUGUACGUGAGGAUAUACCAGAUUGCAAAGAAAAGAACACGAGCCCUACCAGGCGAAAGGCAAAGGGAGAACAGGAACUUCGAAGACGCACAGUGCGGCCUGGAGCCUCUGCAGAGACAAGACGUGGAGGGGAACGAGGUGGAGGACGGCGGAGACGUCAACGGAUUUGAUGUGGAGGAGGAGGAGCAGUCGUCCUCUGACGGCAACGACACCAUCCUGUGUUCCAUGAAGAAAAAGAAGGUUCUCCGCACGACCAAGGUGGUUCAGGUGGUGGCCGGUGAAAAGCCAGAGGUGCAGCCUUGCGUGAGGGUGAGCCGGUGGAAGGGAAGGCAACGCAGAGAGCGGCGCUUCACGUUUGUCCUGGCAGUGGUCAUGGGAGUGUUUGUCCUCUGCUGGUUCCCCUUUUUCUUCACGUACACGCUCACGGCCGUGUGCAACACCUGCUGCGUCCCAGAGACGCUGUUCAAGAUGUUUUUCUGGCUUGGUUAUUGCAACAGUUCACUGAAUCCUGUUAUAUACACUGUGUUCAAUAAAGACUUUAGGAGGUCCUUUAAAAAGAUCCUUUGUAAAGUGGAUAGAAGAGGCAUAAGACUGUGAUUUCUAAUGUACAUGUGCUUCAAAAGCUGCAUCCACAUGCUCCCACUGUAUGUAAAUAUACCAUUAAACAGAUGUUAUUAUAUAUUUAUUAACAAUUUGUAACAUAUUUUAUUGUUUUACCCUCUUUGUGAGAUGAUUCUAUGUGAGUAUAUAUUUGUUUUAUGAUGUCAAAUCAUGCAGAAACGUAUGUAAUGUGCAGUUUGUUUGACAUCUGUUACUCUGACCAACUGUGAGGUCAGAUUUCUGUGUCAACAAUGCAGAUGCAUUUUCCACUCGUCUCUGUAUGUUCUGUGACUCUAUUUGAUCCAGUCAGUCAAUGCUCAGAUCAUCACCAUGUCGUGUAUGUAAAGUCGAUAAUAUGACA